AAAAUGGCCAAAUGAAUGGCAGAGGUCUGCCCAGUAUAUAAACAGGGAGCAGAGACCUCCAGAGCUGGGUGACCCCUAUUUUGGCUGUGGUGAACAGGAUUUGAUCCCAAGGACUGUUACCUCUGUUCUUGUCUUGUGUGCAGUGUUAGAAAGCAAUCAUGCCUUUCGGAAACACCCACAACAACUUCAAACUCAACUACAAAGUUGAGGAGGAGUUCCCAGACCUGUCCAAGCACAACAACCAUAUGGCCAAGGUUCUGACCAAGGACAUAUAUGCCAAGUUGAGGGACAAGCAGACACCAAGCGGUUACACUUUGGAUGAUGUGAUCCAGACUGGUGUCGACAACCCUGGUCACCCCUUCAUCAUGACUGUUGGCUGCGUCGCUGGUGAUGAGGAGUCCUAUGAGAUUUUUAAGGAGCUUCUUGACCCCAUCAUCUCCGACCGUCAUGGUGGAUACAAGCCCACUGACAAGCACAAGACUGACCUCAACUUUGAGAACCUGAAGGGUGGUGAUGACCUGGACCCCAACUAUGUCCUGUCCAGCCGUGUCCGUACUGGUCGCAGCAUCAAGGGAUACACCCUGCCCCCCCACAACAGCCGUGGCGAGCGUAGAGCUAUUGAGAAGCUGGCUGUUGAGGCUCUCACCAGCCUGGAUGGUGAGUUCAAGGGAAAGUACUAUCCCCUGAAGUCCAUGACUGAUGCCGAGCAGGAGCAGCUGAUCAGCGAUCACUUCCUGUUUGACAAGCCAGUCUCUCCCCUGCUGACCUGCGCUGGCAUGGCCCGCGACUGGCCAGACGGCAGAGGCAUCUGGCACAACGACAACAAGACCUUCUUGGUCUGGGUAAACGAGGAGGAUCACCUGCGUGUCAUCUCCAUGCAGAAGGGUGGCAACAUGAGGGAGGUCUUCAGGCGUUUCUGCGUUGGCCUGCAGAAGAUUGAGGAGAUCUUCAAGAAACACAACCAUGGCUUCAUGUGGAACGAGCAUCUCGGCUACAUCCUUACCUGCCCCUCCAACCUGGGUACCGGCCUGCGUGGUGGCGUCCACGUCAAGUUGCCCAAGCUGAGCACACAUCCUAAAUUUGAGGAGAUCCUCACAAGGCUGCGCCUGCAGAAGCGUGGCACAGGCGGUGUGGACACUGCAUCUGUGGGUGGCGUGUUUGACAUCUCCAAUGCGGACCGUCUGGGCUCCUCUGAGGUGGAGCAGGUCCAGCUGGUGGUUGACGGUGUCAAGCUCAUGGUUGAGAUGGAGAAGAAGCUCGAGAAGGGAGAGGCCAUUGACGGCAUGAUCCCCGCCCAGAAGUAAAGAGGGACAAUCUUCCUGUUUUCUUGUGACCAUUCAUGUGCAAUCGAGCCAGCUGAUGGGCGUGCAGAGAACAGCCGCUCUCCUAGAGACUUUGGCCUCUGCUAAACUCUUUCCUUCCUUCCAGCUUUUUUUUUCUUUUCUCGAUCAUUUUGAACUUUUUUUUUCCACGUUCUCCCCAGACGGUUGGUUACAUCCUGGGAUCAACCUCCACUGAGCUGGGCUCUCCUGGCAGAUGUGGCAUCACCUACUUUUUGUAAUAAAAAGUGAUGAUUAAUAAACCUGUUCAUACUGUUCAAUAAAAAGUGCCCCAUUAUAAAAUGUU